AUGCUCAUCUGGUUGGCCUUUCUUAUCAUUCCCCUAAGUUUAAGUGGUGCUAUACCCCUCACGACACCAAUUAUCGGCUCAACUACGCCAUACCUCAAGGCUGGGACUAGGUCGUCAGCUGCAAAGCCCUUUCCUUCUAAUUCUAAUGCGAACUGGUUUGAUGUGUCCUCAAGUCCUGAAUUCUCUAGGACAGGGUUUGGUGGCACGUCCCAUUCGACUGGCCACGAUGUGAGCUACAAGGGAAACAUUGGUAUCCCAUACGGCAGCAACAUCAUCGAGGUGACUUCAUCCGAUGCCCACCAUUACAAAUAUGUCGUGCAGUUUCAAGGUUCCAACACAAAUGAUUGGGUUGUUGUGAUUUGGAACAAGUACAGCACUGAUGGCGUCAUGAAUGGGUGGUACGGCAAAGCCUGCAAAAGGUUCACACUGCGUACCGGACAAGUUCGAUAUUUUGCAUUUAACGAUGACUCUCAAGGUGGCUGGGCAGCUGCUCCGGGAAGCUCAAUUCCAACUGACUCCACGGGUGCCUACGCCUCCACUUGGGGUGAGUUUGAUUUCGGAUCCUCUAUCAACUCGGGUUGGUCAGGGUUUGACGUAUCUGCUAUUGUCGCUCAAAAUGCCGGAUUCCACGUACAGGGUAUGGAAAUCUGUGAUGUCCUCGGAAGAACUUGCUCCUCCAUCACGUCGAACGCUGCUUUGGUCAGAAAUGCCUAUACGAAUGAGAAUGGUAAUAUCGGCGGCAUUGGAGGCAAUAUUCCGGCUGGUCCUGUUAGGCUCUCUGUGACGAUUGACUAUGGCUCUAAGCAUGACUAA